AUGUUCUUCGAGAGCGAGCAGAAAAAAGUGCUCGCUGACCUCCUCAAGACAGGCGACUACUCCGAUCUCACGAUUUCAUGUGGGAAGGAUCGGUACCCCGUCCACAAGGCAAUCAUUUGCCCACGAUCGCACUUCUUUAAGGCCGCUUGCGAUGGCAAAUUCAAGGAGGCGCAAACAGGCACCAUCAACCUUCCCGACGACGAUCCGAUCGCAGUACGCAUGAUGAUCGAGUAUUUCUAUCACGCUACGUAUACGCCACCACCUAGGACGACUAUCUUUCGUGAUGCCGCUAUCGAUGCGUAUCUCUCAGAUACCGAAUACAAUGACGAGCAAGAAAAGACGAAGAUGGAGCUCUAUGGCGCAACUUUCAUCGGCAACAAGAGGGUCAAGAGGCUCACUGCACUGCCGGAGGCUCCGACUACUCCCAGUUCUCAACCUUUUCCCUCUCUAUUCGAUAUGCCCGCUACUGGGUUUUCUCCGCUGUCGGUCGCUUUUGCGGGAACAAGCAGAGGAUUUGGCCAGGGAGGACAAGGACGCAGCUCCUUCGGAGGCUCCAACUUCGCCUCAGACCACAACCCCCCCCAAGCUUCGCCGAAUCAAUCAUCUCCCACCCCCGGCCCAUCACUUUCCACCUCAGCAGCGCCAUCACCAACCCCGGCCCCGCCUCAACGACCGUUUGCUCCUCCGUUGGCUAUUCCUGCCGAAAACCUCUAUCUCCACGCCAAAGUCUACGCCCUCGGAGAAAAAUACGGCAUCAGGCCCCUCAAGACACAAGCUCUUGUCAAAUUCGAGUUUGAAGCCCCCUUCCAUCUUCACACCGACGACUUCUUGCAGGCAAUCAGAGAAGCAUAUACAUCAACCAUUGAAACGGACCGUCCUUUUCGUGAUGCUGUGGUCGCGGUCCUGAGAAGCAAUAAGCAUUUGCUGAAGAAGGAGUCUGUGAAGGCAAUCCUCAAGGAUACCACCUUGGGUUUGAGCUUUGAUAUGGUGAUGGAAUUGGCGUCGGAAUGA